AUGAACGAUCCGAACGACUACGACAAUCAUUAUCCGAACAACUACGACACGAUAUGCUACACUCUGGAGGAGGAGGAAAAAGAGGAGAAGAGGGAUGUGGAUAGGAUACGACUCGAACAUGAUAUCCUUCUACCCAUCCUCACUCGAUUCAGGGAACGCAGCCAGCUGAACGACGUGCUUGUGCCACUAUCCUGGCUACGACUCAAGUCUCUCGGGAUGUUCAUACGCCACGGUCUGCGCCCGCCACAGCGAGAAACCGCCACUCGCGAAGAAGGAGGGGGAAGCCAAUUCGACGAUGCGGAAACACGGUUUCUGUCGCCAAGUGGGAGUUUUUGUUCCUCCCUACUCUCGCUCCCGGAGCUUUCACCAUGUGGUUCAUCCUCCUCAACCUCCUCCUCCUCGCCUUACUCGUCAACAUCCGACCAACUUCCUCCUACGCCUCUCGACACCGAAUCCACCGAGGUAUGGAUCGCGUCGUCGUCGUCGGAGGAGGAUGAGGACUCGGAAGUGUCUUUUCUCCCCCCGACGAACCUCCAGCGGAAGCGGAAGAGGAGGACGCCGCUGUGGAUACGCAUACCUGAAGGGCGGGCGGUGCCUGAUGUGCAAAUUGAACGGGAUUGUGGUUUUUUGCUCCUUUCGCGUUUGCCGAAGGGCUUGUGUUAUAAUAUUGUCAAGCAGUCGAUGUUUUUGGAGCGGAUGCAGGAUUGCAAGAGUGGGAAUCGGACGGGUGCAGGGAAAGGGCAAGGGAUUCCAUCGUUUGUGUCGUUUGAAACUUACGAAUGUAGGGUUCCUUCGAGGUUCGGUCAAGAUGUGGAGGAGGAAGAGGAACCUAGCGCGCUGCCCGUUCCUGCCCACGGCCCGCUUACCCUCAAAGCGCAUUUCGGAUCUUCGUUGUCCAUUGAAGAAGCGAACCAGCGGUUACUCGAUCUCUCGGCCUUCUUCUGCUCAGACGUCCUCCUCCCCCUCGCCCCUCGCAUCUUCGCACUCGACAUCGCCCUACCGGAAGGCUACGCCGCCUCCUGGGACGUCUCCUCCCUCCCUCUCCCGCUGGACUACAGGUUCGACAACCUCGAGGCGUUCAGGUGGAAGGGUGUCUUGGCUGCCAACGGUCUCCCCGCCCCUUUCUACGACUUCAACUCCCUUCCUCUGGGGCAGAUGCGGGAGGUUGUACUAGAGGACUGCGAACUCUCAUCUCUGGAUCUCAAACGACUCCUCUACUCCUGUCCAGCGCUCGAAUCUCUAACGGUGGACUCUAUCGUUGAAGAUGAUGUAGAGCUGAGAGGGUUGGACCAGGAAAUGGACCUCCGGGCCAUUGUCAAUGUCAAUCCUGGUCCGACGCGCCUUGAUGCGCCCGAGUUGCGCGUUUUGAGGCUGACGACCUCUGCGGAUUUGAAUGAGGUGUUUUGUUUGCUUGAUGCGCCGUAUUUGAAGGAGGUGGUGUACCGGCCCAGGGGGUGUGUGGUUGAGCCUGUGAGGUUGGGUAAUUUUCCGUGGAAUGUGUUGAGGGGGUCGUUGGAGAGGUUGAGUGUUAUUGUUGGGGGGUGUGGGGAGGGGGAGGGCAAGGAGGGGGAGGAGGAGGAGGGGGAGAAAGUGGAUUGGAGGGUUAGGGAGGAGUUGGAGUUGUUUGCGAAGGAUGAUGAUGUUGAUGUUAGGAUUGAGGUGCGGUGA